UGAAGUUGUCAAAAAUCGAACGAACGAGCGAGAGGGUUGAUGAAAGAAAUCGCGAAAUUGCGUGAUUUUCCGUGGAUUUCCGUGUUUUUUACGUGAUUUAAUAACUUCUCGUGAAUAUAACCGACAACUAGGAUGGAAGAGUACGCUCGGGAACCUUGCCCAUAUCGGAUUGUAGAUGAUUGCGGGGGUGCCUUUGCGAUGGGGUGCAUCGGCGGAGGUGUGUUCCAGGCCAUUAAAGGAUUCCGCAAUGCUCCGUCGGGGUUCAAUCGACGCUUGCUCGGAAGCUUGACCGCGAUCAAAAGUCGAUCACCGAUUAUUGCUGGCAAUUUUGCGGUAUGGGGUGGAAUGUUCAGUACUAUCGAUUGCACUCUCGUUCACUUCCGGAAAAAAGAGGAUCCAUGGAACUCGAUCAUCAGCGGUGCUGCCACGGGUGGGAUUCUGGCGGCGCGUAACGGAGUACCGGCAAUGGUUGGCAGUGCAGUGAUUGGUGGUGUUUUGCUGGCCUUGAUCGAAGGUGUGGGUAUCAUGUUUACGCGCAUAUCCGCCGAACAGUUCCGUAACCCUGCACCUCCUACGGACGAUCCUUCGGCGCUGGGUGACCCAGGACAGCAGCAACAAAUGUCUUCAGCCCCUUCGGCAUUUGCGUUUGGUCAACCUAGUCAAAAUAAUUACCAAUGAAGAUCAGUGACAAAGUAAUACGAAUCAAACUUGUGAGCCGUGUUCGCCGUAGGGAAUUGGGAUUGACAUAGAUAUCCUUCACGGCUUUAUGUACAUUUUAUGAUAAAUUUAGUUUGGUGGCUAAGUCUACAACAUAUGAAAUGGUCGUUAUACCUGCUGUGAAGAAAUGUUUUGUCGAACACAACAAAGCAAUUGUUAUUAUGUGGCUGAUCGUGUCGACUAUCCGAUGAUCGUGCAGGAUGUUUAGUGUAAGACCGUUAACCGUAUAAUUAACGCGUAAUUUGUGGGACAUGCUUUAGAGGACACCUAGCAAGCGGCGCAGCCAAUCAUCUCACAAAUCAUCAGAAACAGACGGUACUCGUCGCAUGAGUUGCUUUCCUGUGAUUUUUUUAUUUGAAAGUGUCGUCCAGACGACCACUCUCUGUACUGAUGAAAUUCUGAGUUGGAUGUUAAAUGCAUAGAUGGACUCUUGUGUCACCAACGGAACGGAACCUUUGGUUGCUUCAUGAACUAAUGGUCCAUUACAAUAGUAGUCUCCUUUUUGAAGGUUUGUGUCUUUUUUUGUAAAUAUAUCUCAGUCAUAAGAUACAAUUGACACAAAACUAGACAGCCUACAAUUUCUCAAACAGCGGAUUAACAAUUAUAUGGAUCAGUGUAAGGGCUUCAUACGGAAACGUAUUGGCUGUUUUCGGUUAGAAAAGUAAAUACAUUGGAUUGCGAAAUACAGCGAGUAAAAAGAGAAAACAAUAAAACAGAUCUAUUGCACUAUCAUGUA